AUGAUGACGUGCCGUCUGCUGUGCUCCCUGUUGUUGCUUGUCCUGUGCUGCUGCCCGUCCGUGUGCGUGACAACAAGUGAAGAAACAGCUGGUAAAUCUGGAAGUGAUCCCGUUUCACCAAAUUCUAAUCCAGAAGGACAAAAUCAUUUGACGGAAUCGCUAAGUACAACUCCUUCUCCACCAGAGAAUAAAGAAGAAGGAAGAGAGACGGAAGAUUCACAAAAAAUGGAGGCUCUUGCGUCACAUACAACGAGUACAGUAACCGAAACACCACAGUCACAAAAUACUUCCAAUAAUACACAGGAUCAAGAUGGUGGGAAACCCACUACUGAAGUUGCAGAUAUUGAUAAGGCCAAUAUGUCAAAUGAACAAAAUAAGAAAAAAUAUGCACCAACUGCGACCACAACGACGACCACGAAGACCACCACCAAGGCACCAGAGGCACCAAGUACUGCGACUACAAAGGCGCCAACUACGACGACCACCCGCGCACCGUCAAUUCUUCGCGAAAUCGACGGCAGCCUCAGCAGCUCUGCGUGGGUGUGUGCCCCGCUGCUGCUUGUCGUAUCCGCGCUGGCGUACACCACUUUGGGCUGA